AAAUAAGACUCUAACCCACGACCGCCGGACCAAAUUGCCUUUCGUGUUUAAAUUCGAAUAUGUAAUUGUUUAUCUCAAGAGAGGAAGAGUGUAGAAUUAAUAAACUGAUUUGUAAUAAAUUCACCGCUUUAAUUUCACGCAUUGUACACCCACUCUAUCAAAUACAUCCUCAUCUCUAUUGCUCCCUCUCCAACUUUCUCUCUCAUUUUUUUUUGGUAUAUUUAAACAUGUGAGAGGUGAUAUUAAUUUCUCAGAUUCAUCCAUUUAAGCUCUUCUUCCUCAUACACGUAUAGAAGCUCAAAUCUGAGUUCAGAAUGGGCAUAUUGUCGUUGAUAUCAGGAUGGCCGGGCACCAGCGGGUUUGGAUCAGCUUCCACUGCUGAACAAGUUACUCAUUCCAUUGAUGCUUCUAAUCUCACUAUUAUCAUCACAGGAGGAGCAAGCGGAAUUGGGUUAGAGACAACACGAGUAUUAGCAAUGAGAGGAGCUCAUGUGAUCAUAGCUGCAAGGAACACCAAGGCUGCAAAUCAAGCCAAACAAGUCAUUCUCGAAAACCAUAAGAAGGCCAAGAUUGAUGUUCUUGAGCUCGAUCUUUCGUCUCUCAAGUCAGUUAAAGCCUUUGCUGAUAGCUUUAAAGAUCUUAAUCUUCCACUCAAUAUCUUGAUAAACAAUGCUGGUAUUAUGUUCUGCCCCUACCGACUAUCAGAAGAUGGGAUAGAGAUGCAAUUUGCAACCAAUCAUCUAGGACACUUUUACUUGACAAACCUACUACUUGAUAAGAUGAAAGAAACGGCUGCAACUAGCGGAAUCGAGGGUAGAAUUGUAAAUUUGUCAUCUGUGGCUCAUCUCUACACCUAUGAAGAAGGGAUCAGAUUUGAUAAAAUCAAUGAUAAAGAUAGCUAUUCGGACAAAAAGGCAUAUGGGCAGUCCAAGUUAGCCAACAUAUUGCAUGCAAAUGAGCUCUCUCGGCGACUAAAGGAAGAAGGGGCAAAUAUUACGGUUAACUCGGUACACCCAGGGUUGAUUAUGACAGAUCUUAUGAGAUAUUCAUUCCUGCUUAUGAGGAUUUUGAAGCUGUUCACAUAUAUCCUGUGGAAAAAUGUACCACAGGGUGCAGCUACAAGUUGCUAUGCAGCACUACACCCGGGCCUAAAAGGGGUGACUGCAAAAUACUUUGUGGACUGCAAUGAAUACCCAACGAGCAACUUCGCAACUGAUCUUAAAUUGGCGAAGAAGCUUUGGGACUACAGUAACAACCUGGUCAAAUCUCUUCAACGUUCCUAAAUAUAAUCGAUAUUUCUAGUUUCUUAUGUUUUACUUAAAUAAGUUAAGGUCAACUAUAUAUGUUUUUUUUUUCACGUGUCUUAAAUGAAAUGCGAGUCAUUUCCCUUUACAAUUUUAAUACUAACGGUCGCCAUCUUUCUUUAGUGUUAAUUUUUAAGGGUUCAUAUGUAAAUUACACUUGUAUUAGAUAUGUGUGUUCAAUGUUGUGUGUGGUGA